AUGGCUCGCGUUAAUUUUAGACGAAUGGUUUUCGUUUUUGUUCUCAUAUUAGAUCUUUGGGUACUAUUUAUCGUCAUUCAUCGCUCACCGCUUAUCGUUGAUACACGCCAGAAAAUCCUUGCAAAAAUUAACGGAACUCAUGACUGGCUUAUAACAAGAGCUCAUUACACCAAUAUUGAAGAAACCUCAACGGGUUUUAACAAACAUACUUGGAUAUUCGAAAGUUGUCAGAUUUCACUUCAACAAUUAUGCAAUCAUCCAAUGUUUCCAAAAUCUCCGGACAUUAGAAAAACUAUUUCAAAUGCUGACCUUAAUUUUACAGCUAAGAACAAUUUCGUGGCUAUUCGAUUGCUGGGCUACAUUCGACCAAAUGUUACUGAUGUCUAUCAAUUUUUGUUGACCUCGAUUGGAUCAGCUGAAAUGUGGCUUAGUUCGAGUUCUGACUGGAAAGAUGCAAGAAGAAUAGCUUCGGCCAGUGGUACACAAAAUCUUUCAAACCCCAUCAGUUUGGUUGGGGGAAAGAAAUAUUACACUGAGGCAAUCUAUGUUCAAGCUGAACUUAAAAACAGCCAACAGUUGAUACAAAUCUCUUGGAAACGACUCAAUAGCGCUGACGGAUUCGAUGUGAUUGAUGGAGCUUUCUUCUCACCAUACACGAACGAUGACGAAAAAUAUGAAUUUGAAGUAUACGAUGACAAAUUGCCAGGUGCACUUUAUUGUGCUCAAUUCGACAGAAGGUCUACCAACAAGUUCUUGAGGCCAGAGAAGCUUCCAUACCUCCAACGAGCUGCUGUGGACCAAGUUUUAGAGGUAUGUGACUAUAGCCCCAGUUACCUCAUCGAUCCGGAAAAUCUGCCAUCUGACUUUCAAAUGUAUUAUGGUGUUUCACUAUAUGUACAACGAACGAAUGUUUACCCGCCUUUGAAUGGAACGAGAAUGGCUUUCGAGGAGAUGAUAUUUUUCCUCGAGGAAGAGACAGCGUUUUCAGUUAUAAACAAAUACUUCGAGGAGUUGAGUGGAGCUUUCCCCGGGAAAUACGAACUCCAAUCUGUUAUUAGCGUUGAAAGAAGAGAAGACCCCGGAAAAGGUAAUAAAUAUUUCCUCGAACUUGUCGUCAAAGAUAUCCCAAGAGACGUCAGUUAUGUCCUGGCAGAAAAUGUUUUUGAACCGAAAGAUGAAAGUGAGCCAUUGUGUUACCCUAGUGGCCUGCUGUGGAACAGGAAUGUGGAUGUCUACCUGAUUCUGACCGCCAAGAACCUGGGUCGAUGGGUUCACCAUUUUAUCAGAAACGUAGAAGAAAUCAUGCUAGAGACGGAAGACGAACAUUUACAUGUGGUUAUUUUCGACUUCGAUAGCCCUGAUAUUGAUCUAGAGCAGGCCUUGAAACGAAGCACUCUGAAAAAUUAUCAUUUUAUCAGAAAACCUGGUAAUUAUUCUCGCAGUAUUGCCAUAAGUGAAGCAGUGGCAUCAAUAAAGGACUUAGAUGCCAUUAUUGUUACUAUUGAUCUACACCUGGAUAUUGGGAGCCGAGCAAUAAACGAUAUACGCAAGCAUUGCAUCAGAGGCAAAACAUUGUACGCUCCACAGAUAGCUUUUCUUGACUGUGACGGAACUAGUGCUGUUCCCAUAGGGGAAUGGAACCGCUACAGCUAUGGAACUGUGGCAGUGCACAAGGAGGACUGGGACAAAUUUGGAGGAUUCUCUAAGUAUUUCGAGACAAAAGUUACAUGGGGAGGCGAGGACUGGGAUCUAAUUGACGGCGCAGUCAAGAGUGGCCUGGAAAUAGAGCGCAAGCCAAGCCCAUAUAUUUACCAUUAUUACCACACUAAAGCAGGAAUGUGGCUAUAA